GGGAUUGGAAUUGUUAAAAAAGAAAACAGCCACUUCUAGAAAGGGCGUGUUCACCUGGAAAGUCUUUAAACGGAAACCUUAGUAGAGAAGUAUUCACUGACCCUCUUGCUCUCUCCCCUCAUCGCACGGAUGAAACACGUCUUCGCGCGAUUGCUGUCUAAAUCCCCUAUAUAACCAAUUUCAAAGUACUUUGUCGUUCGAAGGGUUUUCUGUAGUAACGAAAAGUCUUCUCAUCAAGUGAGCAAUGGUGGAUCUUGAUGCUUCGAAGACUGGUGAUAGCAUCCCUCAGGAAGGAGGCAGGGGGAAAUUGAAUGAAAACCCCAUGAACCUGCUGCAAGGUGGAGAAAGGACUGUUGCUGGAGUUUCACCAGAGCAGAAAGUGAAAAAGAGAAAAGCAAGCAAGUGUGGGAAACGUGUGAAGAAGAGGGAAUCAAAAGGGAUGGUGCAUUUGCUACGUGCUAUUGUUGAAGAAAAUGAGAAGAUCAAGAGUGGAAAUGACAUCUUAAAGCAGAAGUUGCAACUUAGGCAGGAUGGCAUCGAAAUUCAGAAAACUGAACUUUGCGUUUCGCUGAACAAAACAAUCACCGUUCAAGAAAACCUUGUGGAAGCAUUGUGUCAAGAGCCAUCAUUCCAAAGCCUGAUGGUGGGAUCUAACCAUCUUAAUGUGGCGCAGUAUGCUAUGUUGUUCCCAAACGCCGACGGGGACGUUAGGCUGCCAUCCAAGGCAAACCAGUCCUUCAAUGACAUUGCUGAACUGAAGCAUCGUUUUAUGGUGAGCAGCAACAAAAUUGAACUUUUAUGCCAAAUGAUCAUAAAAUGAAAAACCUGAAGAAGAAGCAUGAAAAGGUAACAAGCAAAAUUUGCUUAACGUUAUCACAAGCAUUGAAUUGAAUUUAAGAAGUGUUGAACUUGUUUAAUCCUGUUUGAUAAGCACUGUACAAAAAAGUUUGUCAUUGUGUGGAUAUUUAAAAAAUUGGCUUUGCAGGUAUUUGAUUGAAAA